CAGAUAGACAGCUGGCGAGAGGCAGCCUCGGGGACACAGCUGCUUCAGUGACCCUCAUGGCUGAGUGAGCCUCCCCUGGGCCCAGCACCCCAGCCCAGCAUGGUCCAGGACUGCGGGGGGCGCUCCAGAGCACAACUGCCGACCUCGUCUUUGGGGAAAGCCAUGACCCAGCCUCCCCCAGCCAAAGCACCAGCCAAGAAGCAUGUCCGACUGCAGGAGAGGCGGGGCUCCAAUGUGGCUCUGAUGUUGGAUGUGCGCGCGCUGGGGACCGUGGAGCCCAUCUGCUCAGUGAACACACCCCGGGAGGUCACCCUCAACUUUCUACGCACGGCUGGACACCCCCUCACUCGCUGGGCCCUGCAGCACCAGCCACCGAGCCCCAAGCAGCUAGAAGAGGAAUUCUUGAAGAUCCCCUCAAAUUUUAUCAACCCCGAAGACCUGGACAUCCCUGGCCAUGCCUCCAAGGACCGAUACAAAACCAUCUUGCCAAAUCCCCAGAGUCGGGUCUGUCUUGGCCGGGCACAGAGCCAAGAGGACGGAGACUACAUCAAUGCGAACUACAUCCGAGGCUACAACGGGCAGGAGAAGGUCUACAUUGCCACCCAGGGCCCCAUGCCCAACACUGUGUCGGACUUCUGGGAGAUGGUGUGGCAGGAAGAUGUGUUCCUCAUCGUCAUGCUCACUCAGCUCCGAGAGGGCAAGGAGAAAUGUGUGCACUACUGGCCUACAGAAGAAGCAACCUAUGGACCCUUCCAGAUAAGAAUUAAAGAGGUGAAGGAGCGCCCAGAAUACACUGUGCGGCAGCUCACCAUCCAGCACCAGCAGGAGUGCCGGCAGGUGAAGCACGUGCUCUUCUCGGCUUGGCCUGACCACCAGACCCCCGAGUCAGCUGGGCCCCUGCUACGCCUGGUGGCAGAGGUGGAGGAGAGCCCAGACACUGCUGUCAACACCGGGCCCAUUGUGGUGCACUGCAGUGCAGGGAUUGGCCGGACUGGCUGCUUCAUCGCCACCCGCAUCGGCUGUCAGCAGCUGAAAGCCCGAGGGGAAGUGGACAUUCUGGGCAUCGUGUGCCAGCUGCGUCUGGACAGGUGGGUUCACAGGUGCCACAGGGCCAGCAAGGUCAGCAGUGGCGAAGACGCCACCAGUGUCCCCGGGCUCACAAGCAUAUCCCCGUCAGCACUUCCUGUGAGAAAGGAAGGGGCCCCUCUGCGUAAGAGCUGUUUGUUUUGAAACUAGCACCUAAGAAUCUCAGUCUAGAAUGUGGGCUUGGAGGCCUAGAACCAAGCCUGC